AUGAGCGAUGAUUUUGAUUCUUUUUCGGACGAUGAUGAGAUGAAUGGUGAAAUAAACCAAGAUUUCAGUGAAAUUCCUCGAAAAAUACAAGAAAAGUCAGAGAAUGUCUCUUCAGAUGAUUCUUUUUUUGAUGAUACACAGAAUUCAACAAACUAUACAACAGAAAAUGACACACUGAAUCUUCCAAUUACGCACGAAGAAGAAAUUGAUGAAGAAAACUUCUAUCAAGACUCAUUAAGACUAAAUAAUGAGAAUUUUAACGAUAACAUUUAUGACAGUCCUGCAAAUAAUGCCGAAGAAGAAUCAGAAUCCAGACCUCAAUCAUCAUCUUCACAAAAUCAUCCAGUUUUACCUUCAUUAAAGAAAAAAUUAGAACCACUGUCAAAUGACCAUCAGCAUCAACAACAGAGUCUUCCAACCUUGUCUUCAUUGAUUAACUCUCCAAAAGAGCGUGAAAACGAAGACGGAUUCAAAUUUCAAACUGCCCAAGAUACAAGUGUUUAUGAAGAGACACAACCAAAACAGCCAAAGAUAAAAGUCAAAAAAGUACCACAAAAUGACUUAAUUUAUACUAAUGCUCCUUCAAGAACUCCAUUAAAACCAUUAAUUCAAAAACCUUUGACACAGAAACGCAAUUCACAAUCUCAAAUGAACAAAUUACCACCAGUUACUCAAAGUGCUCCUACAGAACUUCAAAAUUCUUCAUUACAUGAAAAUUCUUCCUCAUUAUCUCGUUCUCCAGGCAGUUCAUCACCAAACAGCGCUACAAAUAACGAUGAUAACGAUGGAAAUUCACAAAAAUCUAAGGAACCUCAAGAAGAAGUCUCAAUUAUCGAAUUUGAUCCAACAAAUCCUUCAAAAAUUACAGAGCCAAUAUCUAAAAGUGCCAUGAAGAAUCUUGGAAUCUCAUUCUCAGACCUCUGUUAUCCAUCAGACCAAGAAUUAUCGAAAUACGAAGAUUCUGAACUCCGAAGUAUCGUAAAAUCCAAAUUGGAGCACAGAGUUGACAAUGCCAUUAGAGAUGUAGCUCAAGAACGUCAAAGAUUGAUCAAAAGGAACCAACAAAAUACGAUCAUGAUGACAAGAUCUGCUCCACCUGAACUAAACAACAACGACAACUUCAUAGAACUUGAAAGAGCAAGAAUGGCCAAGCUACAACAUGUCAGAAACAAGUCUGUCGAACAAGUUAUAUUUUCUUUAGUAAUGAUGAACAAAAACGAUGAAAUUCAAGAGCAGGAAGAGCGAAGAAUGGAAGAAUUCAAUCGUUUACGUCAACAAAAGAUCGAAGAAAAGAAAAAGAAAGAAGAUGAAAAAGUGACAAAAGUUUUUGAAGAAAAAGAAAAUUUGAUCAACCAAAAAACGAUGAAAAACGCAUUAGUUGUUGAACAGACCAAACAAAGACUAGACAGUUUCGAACAGAAGAAACAACAAGAAGAAAUUGAGAGGAAAAGAAAAUUUGAAGAAAUUGAAUUGGAAAGACAAAGACACAAAAUAAUGGCCGAAGAUUUGGAAAGAAAAGAAAGGGAAGAAAAAGAAAAAAAUUUCUUAGAAAAGUCACUUUUUGAACAAAGUAAAAUGGGAAAAUUUCGGGAGAUGAAAACACAAGAACUCAAACAACAAAGAAUCAAAUCACAACAGAGAAGUGAAGAAGAAAGAAAAAGAGUUUUAGAAGCCCAGAAAAAAGUUGAUGAAUUAAUUGACAAAAAACGUGAAAAAACUGAACAAAAAAUUCAGAGACAAGAAAAAGAAUUUGAAAAGAUCAUGGAACAAAGAGAGCAGAAGAGGUCAGAACUUAAAGAAAGAGAGCUAAUUAAGAUAAACAGGGCGAAACAGAACAAGAAAGAAAUUGACCAAAAUGAUCAACAAAGAAAAAAAGAAAAAAUUUUGACAAUUCAACAAAAAUCAAUUGAAGCUCAAAAACAACAAGAAAUUGAGCGAAAAAGACACAGAUUCUCAGAACUAACACUGAAUGAACUUAAACAUGAAGACCAAAGGAUCAUCCUCGAAAGAAGAGAAAGACAGAGCCAACAACUCCUCAAAGAACAAGAAGAACAAUACCAACAAAGAAUGUAUCAGUUACAAAAUAUGCAGAAUCAAAGAGAAAUGAUGAGAAUGAAGAACCAAAGAUUGAGAGUUCAGCUGGAAAUGGAAAAAGAAAAGAUGUUGGAAACAACAAUGGGAAACAACGCUGGUUUGAAGAGAACUUCUUCAGACAAAUUAAGGAAAUUGGCUGAAUCUAUGGGAAUAAACUAUGACGCAAUAGAACAGAGAGCAAUGAAAAUGUCUAGACAAAGAAAUACUAGCUCAGUAGAUUCAAUUAACGAAAGAUCAAGAAAAUAA